AUGCAUUUCUCCAUCGCCAUUCUCACGGCAGCCCUUCCCUUUGUGCUUGCCAGUCAAGCACCUGCGACUAAAAACAACACAUAUCCUCAGUUCUGUGCCCAGCUAUCAAUCGGAAACGUCCAGUUCGGACCUGGCCAGGGCGGCGACGGCGUGACAGUUCAGAUCAGCCUAUCAAACUUACCAAGCAGCGGCGGCCCUUUCCUAUACUACGUCAACCAGAACAACGUCAUAAACGGCAAUUGCUCCUCGGCUGGUGGCCAUCUCGAUCCAUACAACAAUGGCGGCACUGGCUGCGACUCCAGGGACCUGGCUUCUUGUGAAGUGGGAGAUCUGUCGGGAAAGCAUGGCACAAUUCAAGGCACUGCGUACUCCGCCAACUAUGUUGACAACUACCUUGCCCUCAUCUCGGGCCCUGCCGCUGUGAAAGGCCGAAGUUUCUCUGUGGAAUUCGCCAACAAGACGGUCGUUGCGUGUGCCAACCUCGACGUGUGCACAUCAACAUCAUCUCCCUCCUCAGGUGGUUCCGGCUCGGGCUCUGGUAGCGGAUCAGGCUCUGGUGCUGGCAGUGGAUCAGGUUCAGGCAGCGGCUCUGGUUCAGGCUCUAGCAGUGCCUCUGGAGCUGGGUCUGGUAGCGGUUCGGGCUCUGGAAGCGGAUCAGGCUCUGGAAGCGGAUCAGGCUCUGGCAGCGGUUCGGGCUCUGGUAGCGGUUCGGGCUCUGGUAGCGGAUCAGGCUCUGGCAGCGGAUCAGGCUCUGGCAAUGGAUCAGGCUCCGGCAGCGGAUCAGGUUCUGGCAGCGGAUCAGGUUCUGGCAAUGGAUCUGGUACUGGCAAUGGAUCAGGCUCUGGCGCUGGUUCUGGUGGCGGCUCAAGUUCAGGUGCUGCCCCUAAUUCUGCUCCCGGCUCGGGCACAAGCUCAGCUUCUUCUGGCGGCGGAUCUGGCUCCGGAUCUGUCAAUGGAUCACCUCCGCCACAGUCGCCAUAG